AUGAACCCCGAGAGCAGCCGGGGCCACGGGGCAAGGGAGCUGAUGCUCCAGGCUGCCAGGGUCCUGAGGGCUGACCUGAGGGGCGCGGCCACCGGGCCCUGGAGAAAUCUGGCCAGGGUGCCAAAGCCUGAGGGGACAGACGAGGAGGCUACAGCUGCAGGACAUGAAAACCUACUGCCAAUUGAGAGAAGCUUUCAGAACGCCGCUAAAAGCAAUAAUUUGGCUCUUAUGGAGAAGCUGUUUGAAAAGAAGGUUAACAUUAAUGCUGUGAACACCAUGAACCGCACGGCCCUGCACUUUGCGGUGGCGAGGAGUAAUUUAUCGGCGGUGGAUUUCUUACUGAGUCACAAAGCCCGGGUUGAUGUUGCCGACAAGCACGGCUUGACAGUAAUUCACCUUGCAGCCUGGUCUGGAAGCUUCGAGAUCAUGCUCAUGCUAGUUAAAGCUGGAGCAGACCAGAGAGCCAAGAGCCAGGAAGGAAUGAAUGCUCUCCACUUCGCAGCUCAGAACAAUAACUUGCACAUUGUGGAUUACCUCAUUCAAGACUUGCACCUGCAGGACCUGAACCAACCCAAUGAGAGAGGAAGAAAACCAUUUCUUCUGGCAGCUGAGAGGGGCCAUGUUGAAAUGAUUGAAAAGCUUAUCUUCCUUCAUCUGCAGACUUCAGAAAAGGACAACGAGGGGAACACUGCCUUGCACCUGGCUGCCAUGCAUGGCCACAGCCCAGCGGUGCAGGUGCUACUAACUCAGUGGCCGGAAGUAAAUGAGACGAACGAGCUCCACGUCAGUGCAUUGCAGGCAGCCACCAGGAAGGGACACACAUCCCUCGUCAACUUUCUUCUCCAUGAGAACGUUGGUUUGCAGCAGCAGAAGGAACCCCAGGAGUCCCCUCUUCACUUAGCAGUUAUCAACAACCACCCUACAGUUGUAAACAGCUUAUUAAGUGCUCAGCACGACGUUAACGUCUUGGAUCAGAGGCAGCAGACCCCUCUGCACGUUGCUGCUGAUCUUGGAAAUGUGGAGCUGGUGGACACCCUGCUGAAGGCCGGCUGUGACCUGAAAAUCACCGACAAGCAAGGGAAGACUGCCUUGGCUGUGGCUGCCAGGAGCCACCACAGCCUCGUGGUGGACAUGCUCAUUAAAGCCGAGAGGUACCAUACCUGGAGAGAGACGCACCCUGAGAGCAUCCAGGGCUCGGCAGGAUGCUCUACACUGACAUUCAAGCAGGACCACAGUGUGGAGACCAGGCGCAUCCGUACGCUCCUCUGGAACCUGGCCUACCGACAGCUGAAAGAGAAGGACUGGCAGCGGCUGGCCCGCUUGUGGAACUUUUCAGAGGACCAGAUCAGAGCCAUUGAGGAACAGUGGUCAGGAAACAAGAGCUUCCGUGAGCACGGCUACAGGGCUCUGCUCAUCUGGCUGCACGGGGCCCUCAUGACACAGCCCGACCCUGCCAAGCAGCUGGACAAGGCGCUGGUGCGUGCAGGAUUCCCAGAGUCAGCUGGAAAGAUUCGUCAGUUCGAAGGUAAAACUGACCCAAGCUCCAAGAAAUGUGCAGUCUCCUAAGCUGAAGAAACAAUUCCAAUGGCUUCCCACUCCGCAUUCAGGUCGACUGUGGUUCCCGAUGGCCACAGCCACCUCCCAGCACACUGAUUUCCUGGCCCAAAGAUGCUGUUCCUCCAGGGAUGGAGGUGAACAUACCACCUUCUCACUGCUCCAGCCUCACGCUGGAGGCAAACUGUGUGGCUUUCCUAUUUCUGUCAUUUGAUGUGCAUGCAGAAGAGCACAGCUCUGUACAAGCUUAAAAUCCAGACGGAUGGUGGGAGCAGCAUGGCGGCCCACACAAAAGCAGGGCUAGGAGAUUCCGCUUUGAGACUGGAUGCUUGGCUGCGAGCAGUGGGCAGGUCAACAUUACUGACGUUUUAAGAGCUGUGGCUUCCUUUUCUGGUAGACAGAACAUUUCCUCCAGAGAUUGGGAGGGAGAUGAAGGGAAAACACCCGUGAUACCUGAUCGCAAGCCAGUGGGAUGUAAGGCAUAAACUCUUACCUUUGUGGGGAAGCUGCGUGUGGAAAUCUACACACUACUGGCUUUACACCACACAAGUGAGUUUAUUACGCAGAAAAAAAGACACACACCAGAAAUUUUUAAACCUGUCGUGAUCUAAAUAUGGGUAAUUUUAAUUCUUGGUACUUUCCGGUACAUCUGAUUUUGCUCACAACAAUCAAGCACUGCCUUCUGUAACUUGGUAAAGUUACAAAGGUACCAGUUUUCAUCACUGUAUACCUACCUAGAGUCCAGCUCUGACUCUCAGUCUGGAAAAGCUGGUCAGGCAACCACAGGCAAUUAGUCUAUUGAUUUAGUUUCAAGUAGUUUUCUUACAGUGAUUGUAAAUGGCCCAUGUAAUGCUAGGAAUGUUUAAAACAGGCAAUAUAUUCACAAGAUCCCAGAAUUUAAAAAAAGUAUUAAAUAAAAAGUCCCAU